UUUUCGGAUAGGGAUGUAAAUAUUGUUUACAUCCUUGCAGGCAGUUAAUAUUUUUAAAAAUGUGCAUUUUCUUGCAAAACACUGAAUAAACGUAAUAAAUUAGUGGAAAAUGGAUUAUUCCGUGCAAGUAGUGAAAAAGACUAAGCGACACUCGCGAGAGGAAUUGAAGGCUUUUUCAAAAGAGCAACUCGUUGAUAGAAUUAUUCAGCUGGAGUCACAAAAUUUCCAGUUAAAAAAUAUAAUUCAGAAAACAACGGGCUCAAAGACGGUAGAAUGCGUCACUCGCCAGAAGAAGCACCGGAGUUUUGAUUUUUCAAAAUGCCACAAACGACAUAUUUUGCUGCGUUUUUUCUACUUGGGAUGGGACUAUCAUGGAUAUGCCUCGCAGGAAGACUCAGCGAAUACCAUUGAGUAUCACCUAUUCAAUGCGCUUACCCGCGUUUGCUUGAUAGAAAAUCGGGAAUCUUCAAACUACCACCGAUGUGGUCGCACCGACAAGGGAGUCAGCGCGUUUCAUCAAGUUGUCAGCUUAGAUGUGCGCUCAAAGUUUCCAUUAGACAAACAGCUGGAGCCGGAAUCGAUCACUGCAGAGCUCAACUAUUGCCAAUUGUUAAAUCGCGUUCUUCCACCAGACAUCCGGUGUAUUGCUUGGAUGCCCAUGGUAAAUCCGGUCUAUAGUGCUCGCUUUGACUGUAGCUCUCGAACAUAUCGGUAUUUUUUCCCUCGAGGGGAAUUGGAUGUAGCGGCAAUGCAAGAGGCUUGCCGGUUUCUGGUGGGUUUGCACGACUUCCGGAACUUGUGCAAAAUGGACGUAGGAAACGGAGUGGUUACGUUUACGAGGAAUAUACAUUAUGCUUUUAUUAAGGAGUCACGAAAAGACGGAGAGGAAUCCAGCUACGAUAUGCUGUAUUUUGAAUUGCGCGGGAAAGCUUUUCUCUGGCAUCAGGUUCGAUGCAUUAUGGCAAUUCUUAUUUUAGUCGGGCAGGGGAAGGAGAAACCUAAUGUGAUCCGAGAAUUGCUUGAUGUUGAGAGUAAUCCUCGCAAACCGCAGUAUAGUCUGGCUAAUGAUAUGCCUCUCAACCUGUACGAAUGUGAGUUUCGUAGGAAAGGCACUUUUGAUCCGGAAUUGUUCGAUAAAAAUGCGCCAAUCGUUGAGGAAGAUGACAAUGUGGAUGGGGAAUCGGACUUACGGGAUUGGGUUUACGAGGAGGAAAGCCUCUCGCGGACGAUUGCCGAACUUCAGGCGCUGUGGGCUGCCAGUAGCGUUAAAUCAACUAUGUGUCGGGAAAUGCUCAAAUCUCUGCAUGUGAUAUAUGGUCGACACUUCGAAACUCUACCUACACCCAAUUUUCAGGCUGCCAGUCUUCUUCAAGGAGUCCAACGUAAGGAAUACAUACCAUUGAUGGAACGUAAAAAAUGUGAGAGUCUAGAGAACCGCAUUGAACACUAUUCGAAAAAACGACGCAUUCAGGUGAACCAAAAGGAAGUCAUCGAAAGCACACCAAGAGAAACAAAGGACUGACGAUUUGCAAACACGGUGGUGAAAUCUGUUUAUUUACGUUUCCAUCUAGUUUAAUAAAGUUUUGUACACAAUUGCUGUA